AUGGAGCAGGCGCCCACGAAUGGCUCUGGAGGCGGUUCCUCGGCCUCGGCGGGUUCCUCUGCAGGGCCCAUGGACUGGGACCCGGUGACCGUGGCUGCCCGACAGAUCCUGCACAAGCCCUCUGCCGCCUGCCUGCGCCGACUGGCAUCGGAGAUCGCAGGCUUUAAGGAGGAUCCCCUGCCGGGCGUGAAUGUCUGGCCGGACGAGAACUACGCGACGUUGGUUCACGCUUUGGUCCGGGGCCCCGAGGGCACGCCCUACGAAGGUGGGCUCUUCCACUUCGUGCUCUAUGCGAAGGCAAACUAUCCGCAUGAGGCGCCGUUGGCGCGGCUGAUGACCACGGGCCAGGGGACAGUCCGCUUCAACCCACAGUUUUAUACAUCUGGGAAGGUCUGUCUGUCCAUUUUGCAUACCUGGCCAGGUCCGGGCUGGAAUCCAUCCUUCACUCUGAGGGUGGUUUUGCUUCAGCUACAGGCGCUGAUGAAUGACCAGCCGGCCCUGAACGAGCCCGGCGUGAUGAUCAUGAGCAACCCUGAAGAUUACAACGCCUACUUGAGACAUGAGACCUUGAGAGUCGCCGUCCUGGGCCUCCUGGAGCACUGCAGUCAUCGCGUCUUCGCCCAAAAAGGGGAGGAAGAGGAGGAGAAGGCUCCGGAGCCUGGGGAGGCGCCUCCUAUGCCUCGGGAGCUCGCGGAAGUGGCGCUCGCCGUCUUGCUGCAGGACGCUGCGAAGGCCGAGCAGCGAUGCCGGGAGCUGGCCGCGAAGACCCCGGAUGGCUCCAUGCUGCCCGGAGUGCCUCGGGCUGUGCGUGCCGAGUACUCCGGCAUGGCCUCCCGUCUCCGCGCCCUGCGGAGUCGUCCCAGCGGACAGGACCGACAGGACCAAUCGGAAGAGUCGGGGGAGCCGGAAGAGGAAGAGAAGGAGGCCUCCGGGGUCGCGGCCGAGAAUGCGCCGGACGUGGAAGAGACCGAGGAGCCAGAGUGCCGCAUCUGCGGUGGUGGAAGCGAGGACGGAGAGCUGCUGCAGCCCUGCGGUUGUUCUGGCAGCAUGGCGUACGUGCAUC